UAUCGGGAUCGCGCGAGCGCGUUCGAUAUAGGGCUUUCUGGUAUGAAAGAGAAAGAGAAUAAAGGUCGAGGACCUGAAAACUAUAUCUAUCAAAGUGCGCAUGUUUCAGAAUAUUCGGUACUGAUAUGCGUACUGGCGCGUGGUGCGUUUUUUGUUCCAUUUUGUUUUUGAUUGCCCUAAAAACAAAAAGCAUGUAAUCAUCGAUUCGAGAUCAAGGCAGACACUGACAGAUCCGGAACGUCCAUAUUCUUGAAACAAAGUCAAGCGAAAAACUAUGUCCUCGGUCGGCACAAAUAAGAAGAUCCACCAUGUGAUCAGAAUUUCAUAAAAUGAUGCCAAUGCAGCCCGGAAUGUUGUUGAUCUCUCUUUUUAAUUUCAAGGUUGUCCUUUGUCCAGCGAGCUUGAAAACCUUUUCCACACACAGCGAAUUUGACACUUUUCGAGUUACGACACUUCCUCUGUGCUUCGCCUGCUGCAAUAGGCUAGCAUCUUUUCAUGCUUUAUUUCUUCUAACAACUCUGACCCGCAAACACACUUUCGUUGUUACCCCCUGUUUUCCCAUCUUUUCGAGAAGCGAAAUCCAAAGAAAAAUGGUCCUCUUCUACACGUGCCAGACCGACCCGAAGUGGGUGGUUUAUUGCGGGGUUGACAAAUUUGAAAACGAAAAGCUUCUCCAGAACGGCUUUCCCGAGGACCUUUGGUUCCAUGUGAACAACCUGUCUUCCGCGCACGUGUACCUCAGAAUACCGACCGACAAAUGGCGAAUACUACUUGACCGCUGCUAUCCCCCGCACGGUAUCCCCGGAAAGGGCGAGCAGGGGCUCGCCCGCCUAACAGAGGAGGACUAUCGUAUUGAAGAUGAUGGUUAUUUUUGUUGGUGGUGCUGAAUGAUGGCGGAUACCGGCAUGCGUGUGCAUCUGUUUGUGCGUGCGUUUUGAACUUCACAACUUUUUGCAAAUGCUUCUCCAAACACUCUACAGGCUCCGUGAUACCGGACGACAUAAUACACGAGAUGUGCGUUUUGGUGAAAGGGAAUUCCAUCAGCGGCAGCAAGCAAGCAGAGGUACGCGACGUUUAAGUUUUGUCGCAACUAAGCAAGUAGAUGAAUGUGAUGAAAAGACUUCCCUGACGCAAAGCGGUCUUUGCUACAGCCUCUUUUUCUAGUGGCUAGAACUACAUCGAUCGAAUCAAAAUCCAAAUAUCAGGUCGACAUCGUGUGGACCCCUUUCGCAAAUCUUCGCAAAGACCAACAGACCAUGGACACCGGAACGGUUGGUUUUGUGAACGAAAAGCAAACCUGGUACAAGAAAAACGUCCCAACGUGCAAGGAGCUGCUGAAAAAGCUGGAAAAGUCGAAGAAGGACAUAGACGUCGACUUGCCGGCGAAACUGGACGAGCGGCUCAAGGAGGAAAUUAGCUAUCGGAAAAGGAAGAUCGCAGCUGCGAAAGAGGCGGAAAAGCUCGAGGUAAAGCAGCGCGCGAAGGAAAAGGAAUUGAAAAGCUACGACAAUCUGCACAUGCGCAUGGGCGACUGCGUCAGUACAAACGAUCUCGGGCCCGGGUACACGGGUACGAUAGACGAGUGCCGCGAAGUGGAGGAGGACUUCAUGUAAAUCGUUGCGUAACGGCAGUAUUCAUGCUCCUUUUCGAAGAACUUCAAUGCCCCCUCAAAGAACAGCGACAGCAUUUGUCUUGGGCGACAUAUUAAGAACUCUUGAUGACUGCAGCAUUUACGCAAUAGCAAAAAAAUCAUCACGCAGUGAUUUUUUUCCUUUGAAAGACCCUGAAU